UUUAGAAGCAUACAUUCAUGUUCCAUUUCAGCAGCUACAAGCUACUUGGUCCCAAUCCACCACCAUUUUCCAUGUCUUAGAAACAUUUUCAUUCUCCCAUGUCUUAAAUUUCACAAAGACAUUAUCAUAAGUCCUAGGAUAACUCAAAAUCUCUUACAGUUUUCUCUCUUCACUGUCACCCAUGAUCUUCGAACUCCAUUGCUGCAUUGACUAGAUCCAAGCUUUUGAAGACACUCAUUACUCCUCUGAGCCACAUUUAGCCAUGGGUGGUCUCAGAGAAACAUGGUGUUUCUGUAGAGGAGUGAGCAAGUCUGAGAGAAUGAAAGGUGCUAUUUGCUCCGGAAAAGGCCAAGCCAUGGCCACAAUCACCUCCACGGCUGCUAAUGGAGUCUCCGGCACCGGAUUCUUGAUCCACCGGAACCUGCUUUUGACCACACAUGCCAAUCUCCCCUCCGUGGUCACCGCCGGAAGCGCCGAGAUCCGGCUUCACAAUGGUGUCGCUGCUACUCUUGUUCCUCAGAGGUUUUUCAUUACAAGUUCUGUAUUAGAUCUUACAAUUGUCGGUUUAGAUGACGUGGAUGGAGAAUCAAAUGCACAGGGUCAGAGCCCUCACUACUUAAAGACCUGUUGUAGAACGAAUCUGGAUCUGGGAAGUGUAGUUUAUCUUUUAGGCUACACUGAAAAACAGGAGCUCACUGUUGGUGAAGGAAAGGUUGUCAUAGCCACUGACAAUCUCAUAAAACUGUCAACUGAUGGGAUUCAUUGGAGUCCAGGUUCUGCAGGUUUCGAUGUUCACGGCAAUCUAGCUUUUAUGAUUUGUGAUCCUAUGAAAUUAGCGACAUCACCAAACACCAAAUCAUCUUCAACUUCUUCAUCGUCUUCCUCCUCUUGGAAGAAGGAUCUCCCUAUGCAAUUUGGUAUACCGAUUCCGGUCAUAUGUGAUUGGUUAAACCAGCACUGGGAAGGGAAUCUUGACGAGCUUAACAAGCCGAAACUACCGCUCAUUCGCUUGAUGUCUAACACCCCGAAGAGUGAACAUUCAUGUGCUUCCUUCACGCAGCGGCAGGUUUUCAAGUCAACAGAGGCUGAUAAUGAGGGCACCACCUCAUCUUCGUCAAACAAUGUCGCUAAGACAAGGGAUCAGGGACCAAGCUGCGCUGCUGUUACCAACAUUGUUGAAGAAGAAAGCUUGAUCAAUAACCCCAAUGCUGCACAUGUACAGGGAAUUCCCACUCCAGAAAUUUAUGAAUCACCUAGAGUAACUUCUGUUCCACUGAGAAGGAAAGAAAAUACACAAAUACCGCUUUUGGACAUCAAUUUUCCUCCAAAGAUUGCAAAACCUGCUGUUUUUCCUCAAUCAUCCAAAGCACCGCAUCCGGAGUCUGCUGAAAAUUUCGCCAAAGAACCUCUUCCCAACAACCAGCUACAACGAGAACAAAACCAGGACAGAAGACUGGGAACACACACCGCAGAAGUUUCCUCAACAGGUUCUGUUAAUGGCGCUCUAAGCGAGGUUCAGUCUAGUUCGUCUCCCAAGGAUGCGCUUGAGAUGCACAAUGGAUAUAGUAGUGAAGGAGAGACAAUGUACUCUGCAGAAACUGCGGAGAGUCGCAACUAUACAAGCCCCAGAGAGUUGAAGUUUCAACAAGUAGGAAGAAGCCAGAGUUGUGUUAGUUACAAUAGAUGGGGUGCUACACAAAGGAGCCAAGUUGCUCGCGGGAUGACAGUGGAAACUCAGAGGAGCUUCAUGCGUGUGAAGAAGAUGUACUCACAAGGUGCAACAUCUCAGAGAAGCAAUAAUGACUUUUUGAGCCCCACUGUGUCCUCAAUCAUGAAACGUAACAGCUCAGAGCAUCCAAUUCCAAACAGAUCCAGAAACCAGUUAUGGUGGAAUAACAAACUCAAGCCAAAAUGUAGAUUUCAUUCAAAAUGACCAAAGGUGAUUGCUAAUUCCAUGUUAAGUACAAUGUUCUCUCCAAAAAUUAGGCUAGUAUUCGUAGUCGAUUUUUCUUUCAAAGUAAAGCUAACUUGUACAUGAGUGGUUAGUUAGUCCCACCUGGAUUAUCAAUUUAUUGAACUCAGCCUACACUAAAAAUUAUGAGAAGGAAUUAAAAAAAAAAGAAAAAAACAUGACAAGGAGUCGAUUACCAGAAUGAAAGGUAACUAAGCAGUCGUUCAACAAUUAUUUCCCC